CAAAAUUUGCUUCUGCUUCAUUUUUUGCUGUCACCGGACGAUGAAGAUACUCGUCGCCGUUAAGCGUGUCGUCGACUACGCCGUCAAGAUCCGUGUCAAACCCGAUAAGACUGGUGUAGAUACUCAAAAUGUGAAGAUGUCGAUGAAUCCCUUCUGUGAGAUCGCGCUUGAGGAAGCGCUUCGAAUCAAAGAAGCGGGUUUUGCUAAAGAGGUCGUUGCAGUGAGUAUUGGACCUUCACAGUGUGUUGAUACGCUUCGUACUGGUUUAGCUAUGGGUGCGGAUCGAGGUAUCCAUGUUGAGACUAGUUCUAGUUUCCUACCUUUGACGAUUGCUAAGAUCUUGAAGAGUAUUGCUGAAGUUGAGAAUCCUGAAUUGAUUUUUCUAGGAAAACAGGCAAUAGAUGAUGACUGUAAUCAAACAGGACAAAUGGUUGCAGCUUUGCUUGGUUGGCCACAAGCAACCUUUGCAUCGAAGGUUGUGUUGGAUAAAGAGAAACAUGUUGCAACUGUAGAUAGAGAAGUAGAUGGAGGUCUUGAAACCCUUUGUGUUGACUUACCAGCCGUAAUUACAACUGAUUUGAGGCUGAACCAACCAAGAUAUGCAUCACUUCCUAACAUAAUGAAAGCGAAAUCAAAGCCUAUAAAGAAAAUGACGGUGCAAGACCUGAAGGUUGACAUUAAAUCUGACAUAGAGAUCUUGGAAGUCACGGAGCCUCCAAAGAGGAAAUCGGGGGUUAUGGUUUCUUCAGUAGAUGAGUUGAUUGAGAAGCUCAGAAAUGAAGCUCAUGUAGUUUGAAGGAAGAACCUUGUACGUAUAUCUCUUUAUCCCAAUCUGCUAAUAGACUUUGAUCAUCAUUGCUUUGUGAAGGCAUAAAGUGGAAGUAAAUAAAUAAAUCAAAUGUGAAUCGUUCUGUUCAGUAAGUUACCUUGAAUGUAAAAGUACACACAUGUAUCUGUUUUAUUCUCUUAAGCGUCUGAUGAGGUCAACAAUGGUCAUGAUAUCCCAUUCUUACA